AUGGCGAAUGAUACCGACGUUGCAGUGAUGCUGGACACCACUGUUACCCCCGAGACUAAUGGAAAAGUUGUUGACUCUGGUGAAAUCCCCAACGAUGUGACGAAGGUCAAAGAGACAAACGGAACCUCUGUACACGAAUAUACUACCCCCGCCAAGAAUAGUACUGCGACAAACGGUAUUACAACCAACGGAACAGAAACGCCCAGCUUAGAUACAGCACAGAAAUCAGACAAAGCUUCCAGUGAGAAAACCAAAGACGAGGAAUCUGAGAAAAAAGAUACCAAUGGUACCUUGACAAACGGAGAGAAGAAACCAGAAGACAAGACUGAACCCAAGAUUGAAGACAAGGCUGAAACCAAAGAUGAGAAAAAAGAAGAGAAGAAAUAUGAGCCUCAUGGUUCCAUCUGUGACAUCCACAAACUUUAUCAGACAAAGCCUGAUGAGAGCGGUAACACAUCAUGGACCAAGGACUACCCAGAGAGCCUUGUAGCACCAGCCGAGGACGAGGAGUCUGCACAAUACGCAUUGAUCGUUCGAAAUGCAAAGUGCUAUGAUGGACGCAAAAGUCUUUCAGUCCAUUCAGUUAUUGUCCAGAGUGAACCACUGAAGAAGUUCCUCGGCAAAGUACUGGAAAAUUACCCCGGCGUCACUACCACGCUCGAGCGACUGGAGUUUCAUACCCCUUUCAAGCCACUUGUGCAUCGGUGGGAGCAACUUGUCCAACUUCGUGAAGAAGAGCAGGACCCCAUGACGAAGACCCACGUUGAUCUCCUAUACAAAGUUUUCGAAGAAGAACUCCGCGAUGUUAUUGCACGCCGGAAGGACAUGAUUCGCAACGGUGUUAUCACGCACACACUUGUCUGGACGAUCUUUGAGCCUGGAAAUGAGAUCAUUGCCACCAGCGGUGGCCGGACUCGCGCAUUCAAAUUCCACGACGAUGCGAUCGACUGCCGUACAAAGGCGUGGAUCAUCACUGGUCAGUAUGUCGAUUUCGACGGCGAGGACUUCGGAUACCGGGAGGAAGACUUCAAGAUUUUCCCCUUUGUUGGCACUGCCUCUAUCACGUCGCUGGCCGUCUUUCCGCUGAAAUACCAUGCCGAUAAGGAUUCUAUUCGGGAGUCUUUAAUUGCACGGGGAAAACUUUGGGAAGAGCACAAGGGUUACAAAUACAAAGCCUACGAAGGUGUCGCGAAUGGCUUCUUCAAUGACGAGAUCAUGAAGUAUCACGUCAACAGUCGAGUGAUCAUCGACACUGAGGCCUUCAACGUCUUCCACCCCACCGAGACUGUUCGUGUCUAUGGAGAAACUGACUGCCCGCAACAAUUGACCGAGAGUGAGUGGGUCACUGCGAGCCCUAUGGUUCACGGGUACUCAAUCAAGGACAAGGAAUGGUUACAAUUCUACCUGGAUAAUUCGAAAGAUAUUGAGUGGAAUACGCAAGCCUUCGACUCGUUGGUCCUUCCCAGAGGCCAAGAGGAUUUCAAAGAGCUCAUUCUGGCUUUUGCGAAAGCCCAGUCCAAGCAACUCGAUAACUUCAAUGAUAUCGUCCAGGGCAAAGGUCGUGGAAUCAUCAUGCAGCUCAGUGGUCCCCCGGGUGUGGGUAAGACAUUGACUGCGGAGAGUGUCGCCGAGGUAAUGCAGGUUCCACUCUAUGCCAUGAGUGCAGGUGACCUCGGUAUAAGUGCAGAGAAGGUGGAGAGAAGUCUGAAGGAUAUCCUGCGAAUGAUUCCCAAGUGGGGCGCUGUCUUGCUUCUAGACGAAGCCGAUGUGUUCAUGGAGGCGCGAACCGCAACUGAUCUGAUGAGAAAUGAACUGGUGUCAAUUUUCCUGCGAAUGCUGGAGUACUACGAGGGUAUCCUCUUCCUGACUACCAACCGAGCUGAGAACAUCGAUCCAGCAUUCGAGUCGCGUAUCCACGUGGCACUUGCCUACCAAGAUCUCGAUACCACCUCCCGCCGUCUCAUCUGGACUCAGUUCAUCGAGAGGACGGACAACACCGAUGAGUUCACUAGUCUACAGCUUGAUAAGCUUGCGCAAGUCGACUUGAAUGGCCGGCAGAUCAAGAAUAUGUUAAAGACUGCGGGUCUCCUUGCUUGGUCAAAGCAGGAGAAACUCGGAUUCCAGCAUGUUCAAAUCGUGCUGACUUUGCAGAAAAACAAUGCUCACAAACCUACUUUCUACAUUUAG